GCUCGCUGCCAUUCUUUAUUUGCUAAUACAUUGUGAAUGACAUUGAAACCCGGCCUUUCAGAGUCAAAAAGGUUCUGGCUGCUAUUCUGACAACAGGAACACGUAGUGUUCUUCGGUCUGCUGGCAAAACGACAAAUGCUAGUUAAAAUCACCCGAGGACCAGUCAAAAUUCACUCCAAGCAAUCCGUGGCUGGCCAGCGGUGACAUCAGAGAUUUAUACUUGAAUAGAUCCACUCAUUCUUGAUCAUCACAAAAUAAAAAAAGAACUGGUGCGAGUUCGGAGUCGAGGCAGAUGCUUAGCAGCAUGGGGCUACCCGUCCGUGAGGAGGUCUGUGAAGAGGGUAUUGCUUGCCAUGACUCAACUCCUUUUGGAAAUCAGGCGACUAGUGAUGACUGUGCUCUGCUUCCAACGAUUUUAAAAGGAACUGUUUACAUUUGUGUCAAGCAACAACAUGAUCUUCUAAACUUAAUAAAAUCAGGGAGGGACUCUACAUCCUUCAAUAAAAAUGUGUCGACCAAAGUUGAGGUGGCAGACGAAUCAUCUGUGGACAGUUACAUUCUCCAGGAAAGAAAAGAAGAGGAGGAAGAUGAAAAGAACAUAAACAUUCCCGAGUCUGAUAAGCUGAUAGAGACCAACCUACUUGUACUUCUGCUGAACCAACACCAUGAACUGGUCCAGCUUUCUGAGAAGUUGAUAAGUGAGAAGUUGCUGAAGGAGGUGGAUACAAACAUCGUUCCAGAAGCUUCCAAGGAUACCUUCUCAACCAAAAAAGAAUCCACAAAGCGUCUUUCUGAUGAUCAUUACAAAAGUAAGAGUGCCACAAAUGACACGGUGGGCAAUGGAGGGAAAGGGACUUGUCCAGCUGACCAAUCGAUGAAAGAAAGUGGACAGGUUGGGGUCACUCUUCCACCGUUGCAGAAUGGGUUAAAUCCCACCAGAGGGGAAGGAGACGACGAUGAUGGAGAUAAUGGAAAGAGAGCUCGGCAGACGCAGCUGAAGAGAGAUCAUGAGAGCGAGGAGCUUGAGAAGGAGAGCAAGAAGAAGAAGAAGGAAAAGAAAGACAAGCCGAAGUCUCAGCAGAGUGCUCAAGCACCCUUCCUGGAUGAAGGAGAGGAGUCAGUUGGAGGGGUCGAUGAGCUUGGGGCUGGGAUGGAGCAGAUGUCUUUAAGCGGGAUUGCUCAACCUACUAGGCGGUUGGGAAACCCUGGACCAGCAGGAGACACAUCCAUGCAGCAGUACAUGCUGGAUGGGCCCCAAAGAUGUCAACAGAGAGAGAAUCAGAUGCCUCCUACCAAGCACAACUCGGAAGCCGUAAAGCAAUUGUACGAAGACCCGGGGCAUCAAACUCAGAUCAGUCUGCCCCCAGGACAGCCAUCUCCCUCCAAAAGAGGUGCAGCUGGACCGGAUCCGGGGGCUCCCAUUGAUGGCACUGGUAAACCUACAGUCAUCUACGGAAAGGGGAGUGACGUGGAACUUUUGGUAGAGAGGACCUUAUAUUUUAAGCAAAAUCACAAGGAAGUGCAAAAAGAUCCGGACGGAGUGCUGCAUUGCAAAGAGAUGGUGAUAGAAAAUGGCAGUUAUCAGGAAGGACUCCAGUACAACAAAUUGAGUCGCCUUGGACAAGGAACCUUCGGAGACGUGUUUCUGAUCCAGGACAAAGUUAGCAAUAUGAACUUUGUCGCAAAACAAGUUCCUUUGAGAAAAUUCUCGCAAGACGAGGCCCUUAUUUGGCACGAUUUGGACCACCCCAACAUCAAUAAGCUUCUUGGCUUGAUGAGGAGCGGGGACAUGGUGUACUUUUUCUCGGAGUACCAUCCGGGCCAGACCUUGCAGAAGCUCAUCGAGAGGGAGACUGUUCUUGGACAAGGGAGGGCGCUGUUCAUUAUCAAACAGCUGUUCAAAGCACUCAAAUGGCUGCAUGGAAAGAAAAUUGUCCACAAGGACAUCAAACCCGCAAACAUAAUGGCCCAUGAAGGUGACCACAUCCGAUUGAUUGAUUUUGGAGCGUCGAAGCGACUCGUCGGUGAUACGCUGAAGACCAUAGAACUGGAAGGCACAGAGUACUACAUGGCACCAGAAGUUGCAAGCGGUGAAAUGUAUAACGGAACAGCUGACGUGUGGAGUGGAUUUUGCAUCUUCAUCUUCGCUAUUAGUGGAGACCCACCAUGGUGGCGACGGUUGAAAGGCGUCAGAUUCAAGUUCUUCUCUAUUGGGACUGCUCUACUGCCCCCGCUGGAGGAUGUUCCUACCAAAGCCGAUAAACGAGUUCGUGAUUUUAUUGCAACUGGCCUGGUGAUCGAUAUCAAACAGAGACCCUCGUCGGCCAAAGUCCUGGAGGACUUCCCACAACAUCUCGUGAAGGACAGGAAGCUGUGGAAUAAAAAAGUCAUAGAGGAGGAGUUGAAACCACCACCCGAAGCCCCCUUUGGUAUCCCCAAAGCAGAAUGUGUUGAGCCCGUCACACCUUGCACCCCGAGAGGACCACAGGUGGAAUACUUCAGAGCAUCCCAGCAAUCUGUCUCCUUAGAUGACAGCGCGCGGAAUCCAUCGAAAAGUAACUGUGAAAAGCCACCGAGCCAACCAGAGGGUGAUGAAGACAUGCAUGCACCUGGACUAGACAUGGAUAGACCUGAUAGCAACAUGGAUGUUAAGGCACCUUUCAAAGUUGACUGCGCCCCGCCCGAGACCAACAUCGUAGAAGGCACUCAUCCCGCUGCCAAUCCUGCUGGUCCACUAGUGCCACUUGCCCCUAAUUUCGACAUAAACCACCAAGCGGAGGAAAUUGACGGCACCAAUCACCUAAGACCACUACGGGGUGUCCCAGAGCUUCUUUCCAUGAGCUCGUCUUCAGUCAACCGCCAAGCAUACCACAACUUCAUCCAAGACCAGCCGGGGGACCAACAUGAUGACUCUCUGGAGCUUACAGGGAGAUUCCUUUUUGACAGGGACAGUGGAUCAGUGGAGAGGUCUUCCUCAUGGACUGUGUAUGACUCGGACGAGGCUGGCAGCAAUCCCAUCACCCCAUGUCCAAGCGGAACCUCCAACAGUUUUGGCGCCAGGGAAAACCAAACUUCUGGUUUUGGGUCCUUCACCUCGGGGGUUUCUACAGGGUUGCCCAGCAGCUUGAACUCCUUGAAGCGUAACAACACCCUUCACCCUGGUCAAGCAUCAGAAUAGGCUCAUUGGUCUCCAGUUUGUAGAAUUCCUACUCAAUGGGGAGUUUCUGUAGGAUGCAGUAGCGGCUCCAGACAGCUGCCAGAACUGGCUUUGGUGCAUCAACGAUGACGGCCGUUUCAGUCGCAGAUCAGGUCGAGUUUAAUUGCCAAGCAGUUAGUUUUUAACACUUCUUAUCCUAGAUGUAAUUUUCUGAGGAGCAAUUUUCAGGCAUUCGGAUGUUCUCACUUUUAAUUAUGGUAAACCUAGAACAGAUUCUUAUAAAUUUUCUGGGAUUAUAUGUUUUCCUAAAGUGUUUUCUGAACUUAUAACAGAAACCAGAAACUUGUUAAUUCUUGAUUCAUUCCAAUUCUUGUUUCAAUCCAUCUUGCGAGAUGAUUUAUCAAACUAAGUUCAAAAUAGGGUUGGAUCUGUAUUAACAAGGUUUCUUGUUUUGAAUACUGUUUUAAUCAUACCUCGCUCUUUCCUUGAGUUUCAUUUAAUCACUUUUUACAAAUAUUUGUACUGCAUUUAUUUAAAAGUUAGACCGAAUCAGUUUCAACCCGUAAAAGUUAGAUCAUUGGGCUAGUGGGUUUAUUUUUAGACACCUUCAGGUUUAUCUUGGAAACACUGUGUGUGGACAGAAUCAAAACACCUUGUAGGAUACUCUUUACAUAAACUUCUAGGUUCAAAUAAUCAAAAAUAGUUACAUGUAUAUACUAAGCCUCAGUUUACCCAACUGCAUCAUUUAAAAGUAUAAACAUUUCAGACAUUGGACACUAUUGGUAAUUGCCAAAGACCAGUCUUCUCACUUGGUGUAUCUCAACAUAUGCACAAAA